AUGUCUACCAGCAGAGAAGGCCCUUCGUUGUCCGCCGGCUUUCUCAAGCACCUCGGCCUCGAAGCGCCUGCGGAGAACAAGGGCAAGGGCAGGGCUCGGCGGCCGUCCAGAAAGGAACGCCGCAAGGAGGAGAGGUCGGGUAAAAAGGGACACCAGCCUGCCGCCCCUCGGCAGGCCAGUCGGGACCUACAUCGUUAUCGGCGACAGGCGGACCACACCACCCGCAAGGGCGGCAAGGCACCUGUGCAGAGUCGUCAGGAGCCUGGGAACCCACGCGCAGAGAAACCGCGCACGGCGCCCCAGUCUGUUUCAAAAGACCUCCAUGAAGACUUUGAAGGCUUUGGCUCGUCAGAGACAGACUCUGAUCUGGAAGAGACGGCCGAGGCUUCCGCUCCCAAGAUCUCCAAGGCCGUGCGGGAAAGGCUUGCGGCUGACGACGAGGAGAUUGCGGAGCUGGAACGGAAACUUGGGCUGAAGAAGAGGAAAACGCUUCCCAAGUCUUUCCGUGAGGAUGGCUUAGACGAGCUCCUGGGCGGCACUGAAGAGGCCGACGAGGCCUCACACGAGAAGAAGAAGCGAAAGGCAGAAGCCGAUGAGUGGCUCGCCCAGAAGCGGAGAAAAGCUUCCGCACAAAGGAAAGGACUGUAUGAAGAAGACGAGGAUGUGGAUGACGCUGUGAUGGACGAGCUCGAUCAUCUCGAGGCCGACAGCGACGAUGAUGCCGAGUGGAGCGAGGACAUCGAUCUUGGAUCCGACCAAGGCCUCGACGAUGCAGAUAUCCUGGGCGAGGAUCUCGACGAUGACAGGACUGACGGCGACGACGACCCUGGCUCUUCUGGCCUGGAAAGCGAUGCGGAGGACGUGCAGCAACAGCCGAGGAAACGGGAAAACCCAUACGUCGCCCCGACGACGGCAACGACCGCAAAAUAUGUCCCGCCGUCCCGCCGCCAGGAACCAGCAUCAGACCAAGAGCUGGUGUCGAGGAUACGCAAACAGGUGCAGGGCCUGGUCAACCGUCUCACAGAGUCCAACAUGGUGGCUAUCCUAAACGAUGUCGAGAAGCUCUACCGGUCCAACCCUCGCCAGCACGUCACAGACAGCCUUGUCGACGUGCUCCUAGUGCAGAUCGCGGAGCCCACGAGCCUGCCAGACACCCUGCUGAUCUUGCUCGCAGGGUUUGCGACGGCAGUCUACAAGGUCAUGGGCACCGACUUUGGCGCGCACCUGGUACAGAAGACGGUGGAGCAGUUCAAGUCACAGUACGAGCGAGCAGCAGAACAGGCGGCCGACCAGACGGGAGCAUCCAAGGAAAGCUCCAAUCUCAUCACCUUCAUUACCGAGCUGUACAGCCUGAAGAUGGUGGGCGCCAAUCUCAUAUUUGACUACAUCCGCCUGCUGGUCUCCAAGCUCACAGAGCUCAACGCCGAGUUGUUGCUGAGGGUGAUCCGCAUGUCCGGGCCCCAGCUACGACAGGACGAUCCGCUAGCGCUCAAAGACAUUGUCGCGUUGAUCCGGCCGGCAAUCGCCCAGGUCGGCGAGAGCAACAUGUCGGUCAGAACCAAGUUCAUGAUCGACACCAUCAACGAUUUGAAGAACAACAAGAUCAAGGCCGGCGCCAGUGCGUCUGCGGUCGUGUCGGAGCAUGUCACUAGGAUGAAGAAGUUGCUCGGGUCACUCAACACAAGGAAACUCGAGUCCACGGAGCCUCUCCGUAUGGGUCUCAAGGAUAUCGAGGACUCCGAUAAGAAGGGCAAGUGGUGGCUUGUGGGCGCGAGCUGGGCUGGAUCAAGCAAGGAGCCGCUGGUACGAGGCGAGGCACCCUCCAAGACGAGGGCGCAGCAGGCCGAGGACGAGGAAGACGAGGACAUAUUGGGGGCCUGGGGCGAAACGGUGCCAGACGUUUCGGAGCUUGAGCAACUGGCCCGAGAACAGGGAAUGAAUACCGAGGUGCGCCGCGCCAUUUUUGUGACGCUGCUCUCGGCCGCGGACUACGAGGAUGCCUUUCACCGACUACAGAGGCUGAGGCUGAACAAGUAUGACAAGAGGGAGAUCCCCAACGUCCUGAUACAAUGUGUCGGGUCGGAGCAGCACUACAACGCAUACUAUACUCUCAUCGCGAGACAGAUGUGCUCGGACCGCAAGGUGCAGUGGGCGUUUCAAGACAGUCUCUGGAAGCUGUUCAAGCGGCUCGGCGAGCCCUUCUUCGGCGAAGAGGCAGACGACCAGGAAGACGACGAGGCAAUGGACCUGCGCAGGCUGGUCAACAUCGCCAAGAUGUUUGGCUCGCUGAUGGCGAUGGGAGCCGCGAGCUUGGCUGUUUUGAAGCCGUUAAACCUGCCGUACCUCCAGCCCAAGACCCGGUCGAUGGUGGAGAUCAUGCUGGUCACUGUGCUGGAGGAAGCGGAGAGACAGAAAGGCAGGCAGGAGGCGGCUGUGUCGGGCCUGUUCAAGGGAGCCGCGGACCCGUCCUUGAUCCGGGGCUUGCAAUAUUUUCUACGGAAGGUGGUCAGGAAAUCAGAUGCCUUGAAGGGCAGAGGGCAGGCGAAGAAACUGAGCAAGCUAUGCGACGUGGCCGAGAAGGCACUUGAGGAUGCCGGUGCGGCCGCAGCUGAGGAGGGCUAG